CCCCCCCAUGUGACCCCACCAUCCCCUUAAUUUUGGUGAAAUGAUCAUUAUUGGAGAGAAAGAAAGGUGACAGUUUAAUUUGCUCGUUAAUGAGACAAAUCAAAGUUAUACAUAUGGUCUCAUGACAAUGUCGAUAUCAUAUAAUUAUCAUGAAUUAAUGUCUCUGUAUAUGUUCUUUUCUAGUUUGGUUUUCUAGCUACAUUCUUGAAACUCCCAUUUUUCCAGCUAGUUAGAAAGGAAAAUGGCACAGUUACCUCCAAGAGUGCCUAACAUGACACCAAAUUGGCCUGAUUUUUCACUUCAGAAAAUGGACAACUUAUCUCCCAAUGCAACUGCUGCUAACAAUAACCCUUUAUGGGCGGACGAAUUCCUCGACUUCUCGACGAAACGCGGGUCCCACCGGAGAUCAAUGAGCGACUCCAUUGCUUUCUUGGAGACUCCAAUGGUGGAGGAAUGCAGAAGGCUAUCAUCAACUCCGGGUUCGGGUGGAACCAGUACUGGUAAUGAGGAAUUUGAGAGGUUUGAUGAUGAGCAGCAGAUCAUGUCCAUGUUUAACGACGACGAACACGACAAUAUGUCGUGUUCGAACCCGUCGUCGCCGUCUGAUUACAUCAAUGUUAAUGAAGAUAAUAAAAGGAUGAUUGCAGGCGGCGGCGACCGUGAUCAAAUGCAGCAGCUUAAUGAGGAAGUUCAAAGCUCAUGCAAGACUACUGAGGAACCAACACCUACUCAUGCAAGUAUUGAAUAUUCUUGUGAAAAGGUUGUUGAUCCUAAGAGAAUUAAAAGGAUAUUGGCAAACAGACAAUCGGCACAAAGAUCACGGGUGAGGAAACUGCAGUACGUGUCGGAGCUGGAACGUAGUGUUAGCACACUUCAAGCUGAAGUUUCGGUAUUGUCACCAAGAGUUGCAUUUCUGGACCAUCAACGUUUGGUUCUAAACGUUGACAAUAGUGCCCUCAGGCAAAGAAUCGCAGCUCUUGCCCAAGAUAAAUUGUUUAAAGAUGCUCAUCAAGAAGCAUUGAAACGAGAAAUAGAGAGGUUGAGGCAAAUUUAUUACCAACAGAACCUCAAGCAGAUGGAAAACGGUACACAAUCAAAGUCA